AUGCUCCGACAGUCAGACGACCUAUUCCAAUCCAAUGGACAAGUUUCUUCUUGCGCCAAAUAUGCACUUUCUCGAGCUCUAGAACACACGUCAUCAGCCACCAUAAUCGUAACAAACUUCAAGGAGAUCGCCAUUUUUUUCCCUCCCGCACGAAACCGCCCUGAGCCUACUUUCGAAAGGAUAACAACGACUCAACCCUCUCUGUCGCUCAGGGUCCUUGCCACCGCGUAUCUACUCGACGCUCUUCCUGCUGGGGUUUUUAUAGACGUUCCUCGACCAGAUAUGGAGAUUGAUGAGGACGUUGUCCUUCCACAGGGACCUCCGCAAGACCCACGUCAACCUCAACUUAGAGAUGAGGAGGUUUUUGCUACUCAUCACCGUCAUUCUGACUUCGAUAUGGCAACACUAGUUCGAGAUCGCGCAAGAGCGCUUCAGUUCUUCCGUUGGCAUGAACACGUGUCAAACUUUUCUAAACUCGUUGCUCACCCCAAUGACACGCUUACUGCUAAGACGAAUGAAGUCGGGCAGUUCGUUCCAGAUAAUCGUCCCAUCUAUCCCUUUGACGCCUCUGAAAUUCCAUCAGAUACAGCGGCACAUCUCAUUGCAACACAACGUGAAUCGCCUCUUGUGACUGCUGGAGUCGCUGAAUUGUUCAAGCGGGGCAGAUCCUUCUUGCUCAAGAUCUAA